CGAAAAAUGUGGAUGUGGUUCCAUUUAACAGUGGAUGACAUAGUUCUUUUCGAUUUCUGGAUAGUCGAUAAUAACCAAAUUGAAUCUGCUCAAUUUAUUUUUUAUUAUUUUAGUUAUAAAAGAAGAUUAUUCUCUUGCUCGCAUCUUGUUCAGAUAUGCCUAUUUGCAUUGCAAACUAUUAUUGCCUAUUUUCUUAUGCUUAUAUUUAUGACUUUCUCAGUUUGGCUUGGUCUAGCGGUGAUUUUUGGUGCUUCGUUUGGUUAUUAUUUUUUCAGUUCAUAG